CACACAAAAGAAUAUUAUUCUGCCAUGUAAAAGAAUAAAAUCCUGUCAUUUGCAGCAACAUGGACGGAACUGGAGGUCAUUACAUUAAAUUAAAUAAGCUAAGCACAGAAUGACAAAUAUUAUACGUUUUCACUUACAUGUGGGAGGUAAAAAUGUGUAUCUCAUGAAGACAGAGAGUAGAUUGGUGGUUACCAGAUGCCAGGAGGGGUAGCAAAAAAAGGAUCAUAAAGAGAAGGUGAUUACAAACGUAUGGUUUCAUAGAAGAAAUAAGACCUAGUGUUCAAUAGAUUAGAAGAGUGACUAUAGUUUACAGUAAUCUACCGCAUAUUUCAAAAUAGGUAGAAGAGAAUAAUUUGAAUGUUUCUAACAAAAAGAAAAGACAAAUAGUUAAGGUGACAGCCCAAAUACACAGAUUUGAUCUUUAUAAAUUAAAUGAGUAUAUUAAAUUAUCACAUGUACCCCCAAAACUAUGUACAUCUAUUAUGUAUCAACUAAAAAAAUAUUAAAAAUAAAUUUGCAAAAAAUAGAAAAAAUAUACAAAUAAAAUAAAUACACAUUUGUAGUAUAAGAAGGUGACAGGCAACUACAUUCUGAUCAUAAGACAACACAAACAGAGUAGACCCUCUAUGGGUACAAAAGUCAAAACACAAAGAUCUCUGUUUAAAUCUAGCCAAAGUUAGGGCAAACUGCCAUUCCCUCAACUUAAAUCAAGAUUAUACAAUCAGCAAAAAUCACAAGUUUAACAAAUAACUCAUGUAAUGAAGGUUCAAAUUGGUGAGAAUAGCAGAAUCAUCAACAUGGUCCUCAUCCCUCUUUCUAACCUUAUAUAUAGACAUAGACACCAGCACACUUCCACAUGUAUGGAUAUAAAUACCCUGCAGUGAAGGAGUACAGAGGGCAAGCAUCUGAUACAGUCAUCACAAACUGAGGACAGAGUCCAUGCUAUGAAGGCAAUUUAAGUAUCAACAUAUUUUAAACUGUGAUGAAAGUAGAUCUGAAAAUAAGAUGUAAUGAAUACUAUAAUAUCAUACUAACAUUGAAUUUAUCAUUGGUGACAAAAUUUCCUUGUGCUUCAUUUUUAAAUGCAUAAUUUUUCUCUUACUAACUAAGAUCAAAAUAUCAUUGAAGGUGUUUUUUUAGGAAACAAACAAUAAUAUGUACAGUUACAGAAUGUUUAAACAUUUGCCUCAGAUAUGCAGACUUGGUGAGCUCCUUUGUUCCUCCUACAGGGAAAUGGGGGAAAAUCAGACAAUGGUCACAGAGUUCCUCCUGCUGGGAUUUCCCCUCAGCCCACAGAUUCAGAUGCUCCUCUUUGGGCUCUUCUCCCUGUUCUAUAUCUUCACCCUGCUGGGGAACGGGGCCAUCCUGGGGCUCAUCUGGCUGGACUUCAGACUGCACACCCCCAUGUACUUCUUCCUCUCACACCUGGCCCUCGUCGACAUCGCCUACGCCUGCAACACGGUGCCGCAGAUGCUGGUGAACCUACUGCUUCCAGCCAAGCCCAUCUCCUUUGCUGGCUGCAUGACGCAGAUGUUUCUGUUUUUGAGUUUUGCACAUACAGAAUAUCUCUUCCUGGUGGUGAUGUCCUGUGAUCGGUACAUGGCCAUCUGCCACCCCCUCCGAUAUUCUGCCAUCAUGACCUGGAGAGUCUGCAUCACCCUAGCGGUGACUUCCUGGACCAUCGGAGUCCUUCUAUCCUUGAUUCAUCUAGUGUUACUUCUACCUUUACCCUUCUGUAGGCCCCAGAAAAUUAAUCACUUUUUCUGUGAAAUCAUGGCUGUUCUCAAAGUUGCCUGUGCAGAUACCCACAUCAAUGAGAUCAUGGUCUUGGUCGGAGCAAUUUCUGUGCUGGUGGGACCCUUGUCCUCAAUUUUAGUUUCAUAUAUGUGCAUCCUCUGUGCCAUCCUUCAGAUCCAAUCGGGGGAAGGUCAGAGGAAAGCCUUCUCUACCUGCUCCUCCCACCUCUGUGUGGUUGGACUCUUUUAUGGCACAGCCAUUAUCAUGUAUGUUGGACCCAGAUAUGGAAACCUCAAGGAGCAGAAGAAAUAUCUCCUGCUGUUUCACAGCCUCUUUAAUCCCAUGCUCAAUCCCCUUAUCUAUAGUCUUAGGAACUCAGAAGUGAAGAAUACUUUGAAGAGAGUGCUGGGAGUAGAAACAGCUUUAUGAAAAGAUUAUGUGUGGCAUUGUGAUUGACAGUUACUUAGGAAGUUACAUCUUUGAGAGGCUCCUAACCCAACUCUGUACUGAUGGGACCUGUGUUCUCAAUGGACAUGAGAAUUAUCUGAGACAUUUAUUUAAAAUGGAGCUAUUUCCUGCCCUACCUUUAAAUGACUGAUUUGGCAGAUGUGGGAUGAAUUCUAGAAAUUGAUCUCUUCAAAUCGUGGUGCAGCUAGUCCACCCCAGGACAAUACACCUUACAAUAUCUUCAUUAGCCUUUGGUCCAGUCCCAUAGCUCCUAUAAUCUUUUCCAAAACACUGGUCCCUUCAGAGGACUUUAAAAAUAAGUUCUGUGGUCAAACAAGUUGGAGACUUAUUUCACAUCAGAUGCCUCCGUCUAGGAAUCACAAUUCAUAUUACAACAGUGAACGCUGUGAAAGUUUCUCUAGGAAAGAAUAAUUCUAUUCUAGUUUUUAGCCAGUGUUUUCUAAACUUACGUGAGCACAUAAAAUUUCCUUUGUAACACUUACUAACAGUCUCCUGGAACAGGAGAUCUGGAUAUUAAUUGACUCAUUGUGAAUACUUCCUGCAGCCACCUUCAAGGGCAGAAUGAUUUUUUUUUUCCUUGCAAAGUGAGCCUCUAAAGAGAUGUAGAUCUGAGCAUUGUGCCUCGAUCCGUCUGUAAAAAUCUGGGCUCUGUUUGGAUAUAGACCAUAAGGGUCCCUGUCUCUACUGUUCAAUGGUGGAUCGUCUAAAGAAAAUAAAUCCAACCCUGUCCUUCAUCA